AUGCCCAUCCGCAAUCCCUUCGCCCGCAGACCCGGCGCUGCCAUCGGCGUUCAGGAUGAGAACGCCCGGCCUGCCGAUGACCGUCUCAACCCCUCGCACCCCGGAUUCGAAAAGGUCGACACUGUCGGCUCCAAGGCCUCUUCUGCCCUCAGCAUCAACAGCGGACCGGACAAUGGCGAAUACAAGAUGAGCGUUGUCAAUGAUAGUGGAGUCUACCUGCCGCCGUCACCUACAGAAGAGAAGGCCGCUUGGCCCAAGAAGUAUCUCUCGUCAGCCCGCAACUCGACAGACACGCGCAACGGCAGCGUCGGCGACAUUGAGCACUUUUCAAUUUCCCGCGAGUCUUUCGAUUCCUACAGACGAUCAUUUGACAUCUCGGCCCGGUCGCCGAUGCCGUCGCAUGACCUCCCGGCACGCCAAUCUCUCGACUCGCACCGAUUUCCCCGUCUGCCACGGUCGGCCUUUGAUCGCAAGGCCGCCAACGAACCGCCGACGGUUGAGGAAUCUCAUUUUGAGGACGUCGGCCUCAACGACGACCACAAGCACGGACAACCACAGCGCAAACGAGGCCUCUUUGCGCGUUUUGGCGACUCGAACACGGAUCUGCACAAGGAGACGCCGUCGAGCCAGCCCAACAACAAUGCCGUGUCGCGGUUCCUCGGACGUAAGCGAGGACAGAGCCAGAGCGGCCAGGGUGCCGAGCUCGGCAGCAUCGAAAGGCCGACGACGGCGACGCCGGUUGAGGCGCAGGAGGUGCACUGA